AUGAUAAUAAAAAAUGUGCUCAGUCCUUGUAUGUUACAAGAUUUAGUGCAAGAAAUUGGCGAUUCUGCUUACUCUAUUAUUAUCGAUGAGAGUACCGAUAUCUCUACUUUAAAAAUUCUUUGUACAAUGAUACGUUUUUUCUCCAUGCCGAAAAAGAAAAUAGUUACUACUUUUAAUCGAAUAAUUAAAUUAACUGAAUUUGAUGCUCAGAGUAUAUGUGAUGCCAUAAAAGCUCAAUUACAAAGUGACAAUCUAAAUUUUCAAAAUCUAAUUGGAAUAGGUGUGGAUGGUGCCAAUGUGAUGAUCGGCAAAAACAAAUCUGUUGCCACUAUUUUGAAAAAAGAUUUGCCCGAUCUUAUCGUCGUUAAGUGUAUAUAUCACUCUUUGCACUUAUGUGCAGAAAAGGCUACCGAAACGCUGCCUAGGCAAUUAGAAUUUUUAGUUCGUGAAGUUCACAACUGGUUUUCUUACAGUUCUAAACGCGUAGAAGAGUACAAAAAGUUAUAUGAAAUAAUCAAUAAUAACAGUAAUCCUAAGAAAGUGGGAGCGCUAAGUGGAACUCGCUGGUUGGCUCGUUUCCAAGCUAUAACUACAAUAUUAGACCAAUGGAUCGAAUUAGAACUGCUCUUUUCUAUUGUUAGAAAGCAAGAUAAAUGUUAUAUGGCUGAUCAAUUGCAUGACAUCAUGAAAAACAUACAAUUCAAAAUAUAUUUUGUUUUCUUAAAGAAUGAACUAAAAACUAUUACUCAGUUGAAUCUACUGUUUCAAAAUAAUCAAGUAGAGCCAGUUAAAUUAUUUGAAGAUUUAUUUUUACUUUACAAAAAUGUACUUCAAAAAAUUGUAGUUCCAGCUCAAUUACAAAAUAUAGAAGGCAAUGAAAUUACCAACUUUGAUUUUCAUCCUUACUUGAUGGAUACUUCAUCAAUAUAUUUAGGUUAUGACUUUGAAUCUGCGGCCCAGAAUAUUAAUGCAAGUCACUUACCUGAGAUAAGACAGCGAUGUAAAAAUUUUUUAGUUGUUUUAGCUGAGCAAAUUCAAAAUCGAUUACCGGAAAAUUUAUCAAUUUUAAAAAUGAUGUCAAAUCUUGACCCAAAAGUUGCAACAUCUCAGGUUAAACCUGGUUUACAAGAAUUUUUUAAAAUUUAUCGUACUGAUGUGUUUGGAGUAAAGCAGGAUGUCGAAAAUGAAUGGCAUCAACUACAAAACAAAAAAUGGACACAUUUAUCAAACACUGAAGAAUUUUAUGCUGAAGUCAGUGAGGAUAAGGAUGCAGCUGGGAAUAGCAGAUUUAAAAAUGUAGCCAAAUUCGCAACAGCAUUACUUUCGUUACCUUUUUCAAAUGCAAGCGUGGAGCGCACAUUUUCCAUUUACUCAAUAAUUAAAAACAAAUUGAGAAACAAAUUAUCACCUGAAAUGUUACAGGCUUUAAUGAUGCUACUUGAAAAGCAUUUUCAUGACGUGACAGAUUGUUCUGCAAUUGCUACAGUAAAAACAAAUAAAGAACUUACGCCGAAAAUCCCACGCUGUUGGAUGAAGUUACUUGAGUAUGAUUAUCAAAAUAUCAAUCGCCAAGGAAAUGAUCUUAUUCAUGUCGACGUAUUAAGUCGAUCACCAAACGGGAUAUGUAAUAAAGUUGAACCGGUUGGCUUCGUAAUGAAGGUAACAGCAAGUAAAGACGACUGGCUGUUCAAGACAAAUCGCUUGUAG